UGUGAUCCUUGAGUGCGCAGUGAGCGGAAUACUCCCCAUUGGACUGAUGUGGUGAGCCUCCAUAACAAAAGCGGCACCGCUCGAGUCCUCAAAGGUUUCGGCGCCCUGUGCACUCAACUAGGUCGCUUCAGUCGCGGUUGAAAAAAUAGGGAUAUUGCGAGAAGAACUGCAAGAAACUUUGGUUCUGAAUCAUUCAUUUGCCCACGAUUUUCUUCCCCCUUUACACGCGGGAAAGCGCUGGAUACUUUGAGCAUGAGAAACCUCUCCCGUGACCAGGGCAGUGAGCUGUAAAUUCCACACAAUCUGCGACUGGCUGGGAGAUGGCAGAUAUACUGGAGCUGCGGACGGAUGGAAAUUCACUCCUGAAGGCGGUGUGGCUCAGACGCUUGAGACUCACCAGGCUCCUGUUGGAAGGAGGAGCGUAUAUUAAUGAGAGCAACGAACGUGGAGAGACACCACUCAUGGUGGCCUGCAUGUCCACACACACCGACCAGCAGAGCGUGAGCAAGUCGAAGCUGGUGAAAUACCUGCUGGACAACCAGGCAGACCCCAACAUACAGGACAAAGCCGGUAAGACCGCUCUAAUGCAAGCCUGCAUUCACAAGUCUGGACAUGAGGUGGUGGACCACCUGCUGAGCAACGGAGCUGAUCCCAGUCUGGAGGACAGGAGCGGGGCCUCAGCGCUGGUCUAUGCCAUCAACGCAGAUAACAAGGAGACGCUCAAACUGCUCUUGGACGCCUGCAAAGCGAAAGGCAAGGAGGUAAUCAUAAUCACCACGGACAAGUUACCCUCUGGCACCAAAACGACCAAACAGUACCUAAAUGUCCCCCCAUCACCAGAGCUGGAUGCAUACUGCACCUCUCCGUCUGACAUCAAUGUCACUGCGUCGCCCACACCUGAGCAAGAGCAGCAAAACACAGUUUUCAGUUUCCAGACCAAGCUGAAAACCUCCAAUUCAGCUGCUAAGCUCGCCAACGGGCUGACCUCUCCGGCACGCUGGCUGGCGAACCCCAAACGCGCCCGUUUGCCUCAGCUGAAGAGGCUGCAGUCAGAGCCCUGGGGCCUGAUUGCUCCCUCAGUCCUGGCGGGCGCCUACGAGGAGAGUAAAAAAGCCAGCUCAGAAGACAACGUCGCAGCAGGGGUUAACGGACUCUGUCUGAAUAAGAGGUCAGCUUUAUCUAGACAGAGCAGUGUGGACGGAAAGGACAGUUUUUUUCCGCUGGUGCCUGAACAACCCUGCAAAAUCACAACCUCAAUAUCAGUUCCUCCAACGUCCAAAGCCUCAUAUGAGAGAUCUCCAGGCCAGCACCAGCCGCUGGUGCGACGCAGCACUGUGCCCACGGAGCAGGAGGGCAGCAGUGGCACCGCUGGACAUGCCAGUCUGAGAGACACGGUGCACAGGAGACACCUGGAGACCGAUCACUAUGACUCGGACUCCCAGCUCUACUCAGGCUCCGCCACGCUAGACUCCCCUAAGGUCCCGGUGGAACGAAGGAAACUGAACACUUCUCCGCUUGCGAUGCUAACCAGCUCCAGAGAGUCUCUAGACAGCAACGGCAGCACGUCCUCGCCCAGCACGGCACACAGACGCGCAACGGGCCUCCUGGAGAGGAGGGGCUCGGGCACGCUGUUGCUGGACCACAUCUCCCACACCAGGCCCGGCGAUCUGCCCCCUCUCAACUUCAACCCAAACCCGCCCAUCCCUGACAUUGGGGCUAGUAGCAAGCCUUCCUCACCCCUAGCCACGGGUAUCAGAUCUAUAGCUCCAGUAGCACCGAACACACCAAAGAGAGGUGGCCUCAAGUCCAAGAAAAAACUUGUGAGAAGGCACUCUAUGCAAGUGGAGCAGAUGAAGCAGCUUUCUGAUUUUGAAGCUGAGGGUAGCACACACACACACAAGAUCCUCCUCAGUGGCCGGUGCAAAUCAUAAUUAAUUGACAUAA